GCCCCGGCCGACUCCACCAUCAGCAGGUGGGAGUGUUCGCGCGCACGCCGAGGUCACUUUAAACGGCGCUCGCGGCCCCCACACGUCAGUGUGGAAAUAAAAGAGUCGAAGAGGAGCCGCCGCCUCACCUGUGCACCUGACUCCGCGACGGACGCUCGCUCGCUCGCUCAUUCCUUUCUGUCUUCUUUCUUUCGCCAUGCUGUUUUGGCACACGCAGCCCGAGCCCUACCAUCAGCACAACGCCUCCAGCUACCUGCGUGAUGUGCUGGCUCUGCCAAUCUUCAAGCAGGAAGAACCCCAGCUCUCUCCUGAAAACGAAUCCAAAGUGCCUCCAUUUCAGUACAUCCUGUGUGCCGCCACGUCGCCGGCGGUCAAGCUGCACGACGAGACCCUCACGUACCUGAACCAAGGCCAAUCUUAUGAAAUCCGCUUGCUUGACAACCGAAAACUAGUGGAGUACACGGAUCUGAGCAGCAAGUAUGUCAAGAGUAUUCUUCGCGUGGUCUUUCAUGACCGCCGUUUGCAGUACACGGAGCACCAGCAGCUGGAGGGCUGGAGAUGGAGCAGGCCUGGCGACCGAAUCCUCGACAUCGACGUCCCGCUGUCGGUUGGCAUUGUGGAGCCGCGAGCCAAUCCGACGCAGCUGAACACCAUUGAAUUUCUGUGGGACCCUUCGAAGAGGGCGUCUGUCUUCAUUCAGGUCCACUGCAUCAGCACGGAGUUCACCCCGAGGAAGCACGGCGGAGAGAAGGGAGUUCCCUUCCGGAUACAGAUCGACACGUUCCGACAGAAUGACAACGGAGAGUACAGCGAGCACGUGCACUCGGCCAGCUGCCAGGUCAAAGUAUUCAAGCCUAAAGGAGCCGACAGGAAGCAAAAAACGGACCGAGAAAAGAUGGAGAAGAGGAAUGCCCUGGAAAAAGAGAAAUAUCAGCCCUCCUAUGACACUACGGUCCUGACGGAGUGCUCCCCGUGGCCGGAUGUGCCCUGUGUUAAUAACACUCCAUCGCCCGGUUACAACAGCUCUCCGACCAGCUUCAGCCUUGGUGACGGAAACUGCUCUCCCACCCAUCAAGCGGACCUGCUCCUCCCAACCUGCAGCGAUAACCUUCACCCUACUGCCUCCAUUCAGGAUGCCCAACAGUGGCUCCACCGGAACAGGUUCUCGCCCUUCUGCCGGCUCUUCUCCAACUUCUCAGGUGCUGACUUACUGAAGAUGGGGAAGGAUGACUUUGUUCAGAUUUGUGGCCCAGCAGACGGAAUUCGGCUUUACAAUGUCAUGAAGGGCAGGGGUAUCCGACCUCGUCUCACCGUGUACGUCUGUCAGGAGCCGGAGCAGAACAGGACACACCCGAAGAGGGACAGCGGCGAUGUGUACCACGCAAUUUAUCUGGAAGAAAUGACGGCCCUCGAGCUGACGCAGAAAGUUGCCAACUUGUACAGCAUUUCACCCCAACAGAUCAACCAAAUCUACCGACAAGGACCCACGGGAAUCCACAUCUUAGUAUCUGACGAGAUGGUGCAGAACUUCGUUGAUGAAUCCUGUUUUGUUAUCAACACACUAAAAGCUGAAAGCAACGACGGCUACCACAUAAUUUUAAAGUGACAUUGGAAAAGGUGACCAGAGUGAAGAGCUACAGACAACUCACAAGACUGCCUCGUUCCCCAAAAGCCUUAAAGACUUGAAAAUGAAGAACAAUAAGAAGGUCUGGUGAAAUCGCCAACAAACCGCAUCAAGUGACGUGGUGCUUACCCGAACGUGGACAUUUACAGCCAAAGACGGAAGGACAAAGGAGGAUGUCGCACACACGAAUGCACGCAGGCUUGCUUUUCGUUUCAUUUCUUUUGAUUUUGUUUGAUCCUCCCUUUCCCAAUUUUCUCCAGAGAAAUUACAAUUUGGGGGCGGGGGGGACUGGAAAGAUGUGGAAUGCCAUUUGGUUCCCUUUGUUUCGGAAAGUCUGCUGCUUUCUUUAUAAAUCUGUAAUUAUUAUAUUUGUUGUUUUUUUUAUAUUCAUGUUUUUGAUUUGAUUAAAGAUUACAGUGAAGGAAGGAAGGGACGAAU